AUGCCACCACCAGGUGUUGACGUGGCAGAAUUGAAUGAUCAAGAAGUUCGCAUAAUGGCCCUAAAUCCUACAAUACGGAGGAUGCAGCAGAUGGGCAUAGCCGUACCCGUGCCUAUACCAAACGUAGGACAUGUUCAAGUUCAAGCAGGUGGGCCACCUGGUGCAACUCGCAUGGUUGCCCAGCGUCGGUCCGUUCCCUUACAAAGAUAUGGUCCUAUGCAAGUUGCUCUUCGACAUUCGCCUGAACAUGUUCCCUCACCGUCCUCCGGAUCACAGAACGGUGUGCCUGCCAGCCAAACUACUGCUCGGCAGCGAUUGAAUGAUAGUCAAGCUGCCUCAAGUAGCGUGCACGACGCGACUUCUUCAGCAAAUGUUCCACCAAUGUCGUCUUUAGAGGUGAAUCUCGUAAACGCACUAGAGUAUGGUCUUCCAUCAGCUGGAUCUGGCAAUCCUUACGAGCGCAUUAUGAGAACACUUCUUCAAUUUGCUAGUGAUCCUACGCACGAUGUUCUUGGUGUUUUGCGUAGCCCAGCAGUACAACAGGUAGCUACGCGUACAAUCGUGCUUUGUCAAGUUCUGGGGGCAGAAAUGCGCAUUCUCCAGCUCCAUCUCAAGAAAAUUCCAGUCACCCUGCACAACCGGUUCCAAGCUUGGGAAACAUUGCCAGAGGAGUAA